AUGUCUGAGCGAGACAACGCGGAGGCGUUCCCGGCCUCCAAGGGCGGCGCAGUUGCAGUUGCAAGUGCGGUUCCCUACCGACGGCAGAAAUGGUGGCAGCUGGGCGGCAAGGACGUGAGCCAUGUGUCCAUCGACGCUGGCUACGAGACGGCUCCGUCGUCGGCCUCGUCAUCUUCCUUGGAAGACGGUAAUAAAAACGAGGGUGUCUUUGUUGCGCCAGAGGCGUUGGAGGUGUACCGGCCCGUCGAGGGUUUUGAAGGCACGCACCGAUUCGAUCCCUCGGCCACAUGGUCAUACGAGGAAGAGGAGCAGCUCGUGAAAAAGCUCAAUUGGAAAAUCGCCCUCCCGGCAUGCAUCAUGUUCUUUGCCUUGCAGCUCGACCGCGGCAACAUCUCGCAAGCAUUGUCCGACAACAUGCUGGGCGAUCUCGGAAUGAACACAAACGACUACAACAAUGGCCAGACCAUCUUCUUCUGCUCCUUCCUCUUUGCCGAGCUGCCCUCGCAGCUCAUCAGCAAGAAACUCGGGCCCGACACCUGGAUUCCCAUCCAGAUGGUGUCGUGGAGCGUCGUCGCCGCCGCGCAGGCUGCCCUCAACGGCCGGUCGAGCUUCUACGUGUGCCGCUUCCUGCUGGGCCUCAUCGAAGGCGGCUUCAUCCCCGACGUGAUCCUCUACCUGAGCUACUUCUUCACCAACCCGGAGCUGCCGCGGCGCCUCAGCUGGUUCUGGACGUCGUACCAGUCGACCCAGAUCGUGGGCGCCUUUCUCGCCUACGGCAUCCUGCACCUCCGCGGCCGGGGCGCGCUCGGCGAGGGCUGGCGCUACAUGUUCCUCAUCGAGGGCAUCUUCACCGGCCUCAUCGGCGUCUGGACCUGGCUGUACCUCCCCGCGUCGCCGACCCAGACCGCCCGCGGCAAGUACAAGGGCCUGCUCCGGCCGCGGGAGGGCUGGUUCACGGCCCGCGAGGAGGUCAUCAUGGUGACGAGGAUCCUGCGCGACGACCCGGGCAAGGCCACCAUGCACAACCGCCAGGGCCUCAGCUGGUCCCUCUUCAAGGACGCCCUCCUCGACUAUCACCUGUGGCCCAUCUACCUGCUCGGCCUGACCUGGAGCAUCCCCGUGACGCCGCCCCAGGCCUACAUCACCCUGACCUGCAAGGCGCUCGGCUUCAACACCUUCGAGACCAACCUGCUCACCAUCCCCGCCUACACCAUCUUCAUCCUGCAGCUGCUCUUCUGGACCUGGGUCUCGGAGAAGGCCAACCAGCGCGUGCUCAUCGGCCUCGUCACCCAGUUCUGGGCGCUGCCCCUGCUCAUCGCCCUCGUCGCCCUGCCCACUGUCUUUCCCAACAGCAACUGGUCCAAAUGGGUCUUGUCGACGCUCCUCGUCGGCUACCCGUAUUGUCACGCCGUCCUGGUCGCCCUCACCUCGCGCAACUCGGGCUCCGUCCGCACCCGCACCGUCGGCUCGUCCCUGUAUAACAUGUCGGUGCAAAUGUCGAAUAUCUUUGCCUCGCAGAUUUACAGGGACGACGACAAGCCCUACUACUACAGGGGGAACAAGAUCCUGCUGGGUGUUCUGGCCUGGAACGUGGUGCUGAUCAUCGGCAUCAAGGCCUACUACGUGCUGGUCAAUGAGCGCCGCGACAAGAUUUGGCUGUCCAUGACGCGGGAGGAACGGGUUCACUAUUUGAAUACCACCAAGGACGAGGGCAGUAAGAGGUUGAAUUUUAGAUUUGGACAUUAG